AUGAACGCUCCAAGGGCUCGCGGCAACCCUAACAAACAGCAGCAGCAGCAGCAGCAGCAGCAACAGCAGCAGCAGCAACAGCAGCAGGAGGAGGGGGAGAGGCAGCAGCAGAAGAUGGGGAGAGGCAGCAGCAGGAGAUGGGGGAGAGGCAGCAGCAGCAGCAGCAACAGCAGCAGCAGCAGCAAGAAUAGCAGCAGCAGGAGGAGAGACAGCAGCAAAGUAGAAGAAACAGCGGCAGAGGCAAUGCAAACAGCAGCAGCAGCAGUAGCACCGCAAACAACAAACAACAACAAAAGACAAGCAGCAACAACAGCAGCAACAACAAUAGCAGCAGCAACAACGAAGAAAACAACACAAACAAAAGCAGCAGCAACGGCACAAACAGCAGCAGCAACAGAAACAACAACAGCAGCAAAAACAGCACAAACAGCAGCAAUAGCGACGCAAAUAGCAGCAGCAGCACCACAAGCAGCAGCAGCACCACGAGCAGCAGCAGCAUCAGAAGCAGCAACAGCAUCAGAAGCAGCAACACUACCUGAAGCAGCAGCAGCACUACAAGCAACAGCACCACCACUACAAGCAUCAGCAGCAGCAGCACCACAAGCAGCAGCAGCAGCAGCAACAGGAGGAUUACGCGUGAGUAUCGCAGGAAGCAACCAUUAG